CCUUCCUUCAAGUUGCAUCUUGCACCACUGUGCUGAAACACAGCAACUUUACUACAAGCCCUUGCUUCCAGCAGACACACUAACUUGGUAUUAUUAAUGGCUGGAGCAGUAGAAGACUCUCUUUUUAAGUUCCCUCGUACUCGCCAUCUCUUUGAUGCUGGAGGCAGUGGAGUAUCCCGCGAUGAUUUGCUAAUGGAUCCAUCAGAAGAAAAGAGGUUCUACUCCACACGUCAGCAGCAAGUCCUGGUUGCCUUAGAAGAGAAAGUAGACGGUGCUAACCUUGGCAUAUCGAUAGGGCAUGAUAUGAAAGUCUAUGUACAAAAUCGCUCUCAUUACGUCAACUCAAAAACCCACAGACAGUUUAGUGCUUUGGACGGUUGGCUAUCAGAGCAUUCUUCAUCACUGUACGAGCUCCUUCAGCCCGGGAAGCAUGUUUUGUUUGGGGAAUGGCUCUAUGCAAAACAUUCAAUACAUUAUAAAGAGCUCCCUGGCUAUUUCCUUGCUUUUGAUAUGUACGAUAAGGAGACUGGCCAGUUUUAUAGUAGGAGGGAGAGGAACAGGUUACUGGAAUCAACGACCAACAUACCGACCGUCCAACUCAUCAAGGAGACCACAUUGUCCGGGAGAGAUGAAGUCAAGAAGUUAUUGGAUACAAAAAGUGCAUUUUAUGAUGGACCUUGCGAAGGUCUUUACUUAAGAAUAGACCAUGACAUGCCUGGGGGGCCAGGACAGCCAUAUCUCUCAAGUAGAGCAAAGCUAGUCAGACCGGACUUUCUCCAACAAAUCGACGAACAAUGGACAAGACAACAAUUUACAAAAAAUAUCGUUCGAUUUUAAUUUCAUUCCAAUUGUUAUUAUUAUUAUUAUUAGCAGUAUAGUAUUUUCUUCAAAAAAUAACAACAAAAAUAAUUAAAACUAGUCUCCACCAGCGUGUACAAAAACCGUGUGCAUUUAAAAA